UCUUCCGCAUAAAGGACGGAGGUGGUUCUGCAUUUUGAAACCCCAGCGCGUGUCUUGUGGGAAAUAUGGGAAGCUUGUUACAGUUUAUGAGGCUAGUAGGGCAACUGAAGGUGAGCCUAGGCGGCCCUAGGGAACUCGGACUGAGACAGAGAGUACCACGGACAGGCUGGGUAUAUAGAAAAAUAGCAAAUCCAGAGAGUGUCUCAGAUCAUAUGUACAGGAUGGCAGUCAUGGCUUUGGUAACUGAAGAUAAAACACUUAAUAAAGAUAGAUGUAUACGCCUGGCUUUAGUUCAUGAUAUGGCUGAGUGCAUCGUUGGUGACAUCGCUCCUGCUGAUAACGUUACUAAAGCCGAGAAACAUAGGCGAGAAGAGGAUGCUAUGAAACGUUUGACCCAAUUACUUUCAGAAGACUUAAGGAAAGAAAUUUAUGAACUUUGGGAGGAAUAUGAAUACCAGUCUAGUGCUGAAGCAAGAUUUGUGAAAGAGCUAGACCAAUGUGAGAUGAUACUUCAAGCUUUUGAGUAUGAAGAAUUAGAAAACAACCCGGGAAGACUACAGGAAUUUUACAAUUCGACUGCAGGAAAAUUUAAUCACCCAGAAAUAGUCCAGCUUGUGUCUUCCAUAAAUACAGAAAGAAAUACAAAAAUAGCUGCAUCAAACAGUGAUCCUGCAUCUUGAGUAGCCUUUUGAAUAUUUUGGCUGUUACCUGAAAUAAAAAAAUCAUGGUCUCAG